AAAAAUAGAAAAAAGAGCGGCACCCAUUGGCGUUCUUAUAUUGAUUUUGUAAUCAGUUCCUUUCCGCUCCAUCAUCUUCCAUCUCUCUCUCUUCACCCACCAUUCCAUUCCAUGGCUGUGCUCAGGUCCCGCGGAAUACUCCCAACAAUACCCUCAAACAAAAAAGGGCCCACACCCGAACCUGUCACUCCAACUCGAACUCGCGAACCUUCCACUCACCAAUCCCCUCCCACCCCCAACCCCAACCCCCCCGGUGUUUCCCUUUUGGGCUCCGACUCUGCCCCUCCACGCAGGCGGAGCCUUCGUCUCGCUUCGAAGUCACUUCCUUCUGCCGAUGCCUCCCUUCAAACUCCAACCCGCAAGAGGAAGAAGGGGAGUGAUGGUAAACAAGGUCGGCUUGUUAAUGAAGGUGAUGUGGUUGAGAAAAUGACCGAACGAGAUGUUGGAGGUGAAGUAUUGAGGGUUUUAAGUUUGAGGUCUGGGAAAAGGAUUGUUGAUAAUUGUAAUAUUGAAAUUGAAGGUGAAGAAGUCAAGGGUUCGAGUGUUCUGCGUACAAAAGGGAAGGGAAAGGGAAGGGGGCAUUUGGGUAAGAAAGUGUUAAAGUUGGAUGUUCAAGAGGAGUUGGUGGAAAUUUUGAAUGAUAACGCGGUCGAGAGAAGUGAAAAUUUGGAGAAGUUGAGUGAGUCGUCAAGGGGAAAGAGGAAAUGUACAGGGGAAGUAAAAAUGGAGAGAGGUGAAGAGGGUGGUGUUGCUGUGGAGGACCUGGGGAAAAGCACUAGUGCUAAUGAGAGUGGGAUUUCAACAAGAGGAAGGAGAAAAUAUAACAGAGAAGUGAAAGUGGAGGGAGUUAAAGAGGGUGUUGUCGAGGGAUUGAAGGAAAACCCAUGUACAGAUGAGAAUGGCACUUCAAGGAGAGGAAGGAGGUAUAGUAGAGAGGAAAAAGAGAAGAGAAGUAAAGAGGGUGCUGUUGUUAUUGAGGAAUUAGGGGAAAAUCCAGUUGCUCUUGAGGGUGGAAGUUCAAGGGGAAGGAUGAGGUAUAGCAGAGAAGAGAAAGGGAAGGGGAAAUUGGUUGUUGAUGAUGGUUUGAUAUCAAAUGGAAAGGAUAUGUUGCAAUUAGAACCCAGAGUUAAGAAUCUGGUUGGUGGUUUGGCAGAGAGUGUGGUUAUGGAAGAGAGAAAGGAGGGUGCGAGUGCAAGAAGUAAAGUGCCUGAAUCAAGAAUGGAGCAAUUUCGUGAUAUAGCAAGGCAGAAUGCUUCUCGAUUUGCUCAUUUUGAAGUUCAGGAGCAUGAGGCAGACCAUCAUGACGUAGAAAUGCCAUCUGUGGAAGAAGAGCAGGACAAAGUUGAAGACUGGCCUGGUCCUUUCUCUACUGCUAUGAAGAUUAUUAGGGAUAGAGCAAAUAGGCUUAACUUGCAACAGAGGGGCUCCACUUCAGAGAAGGAAAAACCUGUGCCCAUAACUUGGAUGCCAAAAACUGAUCGGGCGUGUAAGCCUUCAAAAGGAUUGGUUCCUUCACUGCAAGAAUUAUGCAUGAAAAUUCUAGUGAAGAAUGCCGAUGCAAUUGCUUCACUUGAACAUGUCCCAGAUGCUUUGAGGCAUAGGCUAUGCCAAUUGCUCUGUGAUUCUCGGAGAAUGAAUGCUCAUUUUUUGGCUCUUCUUGUCCGCGGAUCACCUAUGGAGAUACGUAUUAGGGAUUGUUCGUGGCUAGCAGAGGAAGAGUUCACAAAAAAUUUUGAGGUGUGCGACUCGCGCAAUUUAACGGUUCUACAACUUGACCAAUGUGGACGCUGCAUGGCAGAUUAUACUUUACUUGCUACUUUAGCUCGGUCACCAGGUAGCUUGCCUAGGUUAACUACUUUAUCCAUCAGUGGAGCAUGCCGACUCUCAGAUGCUGCACUUAGUUCACUUGUUUCUUCUGCCCCUGCCCUACAAUCUUUAAAUCUCAGCCAGUGCUCCCUUCUUACCUCUGCCAGUAUUGAUACUUUAGCUGAUUCGUUGGCAACAAGUUUGCGGGAACUGUACAUUAAUGAUUGCCAAAGCAUUCAACCCAUGCUCAUUUUGCCAGCACUGAAGAAACUAGAACAUUUAGAAGUGUUGUCCCUGUCUGGAAUUCAAACCAUUAAUGAUAAUUUUUUGAGGGGAUUUAUCGUUGCACGUGGCCAUAAUAUAAAGGAGCUUGUUUUGACUGAUUGUGUGAAAUUGACUGAUUCUUCCAUGAAAGUCAUAGCUGAAACCUGCUCUAAAUUAUGUGCACUUGAUCUUGGUAACUUGAGGAAAUUGACAGAUUCUGCUUUGGGAUUUCUUGCAAAUGCUUGCCGAGAAAUCCAUACUUUGAAACUCUGCCGCAAUGCAUUCAGUGAUGAAGCUAUUGCUGCAUUUUUGGAAACUUCUGGAGAGCUUUUAAAAGAACUUUCACUGAAUAAUGUUACGAAGGUUGGCCACUGUACAGCAUUAUCACUUGCUAGACGUUCAAGAAAGUUGCUAAGUUUGGAUUUGUCAUGGUGUCGGAACUUGACAAAUGAGGCCUUGGGCUUGAUUGUGGAUAGUUGUUUAUCAUUGAAGGUGCUUAAACUUUUUGGAUGCAGUCAGGUUACAAAUGUUUUCUUAGAUGGUCACUCAAAUUCAGAUGUACAAAUUGUUGGCUUGAAGACGUCUCCUGUACUGGAACAUAUCAGGGUUCCUGAACUGCAAGAAUUUGCAUUGCGUUAUUCCUCAGUGUCUUCUAUCUGAAGUAUGUGUUGUAGUUACGAGGGUAGAAUGAACAUCAGUAGCGGCCAGGGAAACUUUUGGAGUUCAGCCCAUUAUCAAUACCUGAAGAUAGGACUUCUGAGAUGCUUUAACCAAGAAAAGAAGACAUGAGUAUUGGGCUGUGCAUACAAGUAGAUUGGACUGAUUAACAUUAUGUAAGCUUUCUAAUUUAGUUUUUAUGCAGAAGGUAGCCUUUCACCAUUAA